GGGCGAGCGGUUCUGAGCCGCGGAGGAGCGGGUGGGGCGCACUGGCUGCCUCGCACCCUGUUCACUGCUGUCUUCGGCCUGCUAGCCAUGGAUCAAGACGGUAUCCCCUCGACCCCCAGGGGUUCCCUGCGACAGUUUCUGGAACAACUCUCCGGGGCCGGCAAAGCCAUCGGCGUGCUGACCAGCGGCGGGGAUGCACAAGGUAUGAACGCCGCGGUCCGCGCUGUCGUGCGCAUGGGCAUCUACGUGGGGGCCAAGGUGUACUUCAUCUACGAGGGCUACCAAGGCCUGGUCGAUGGCGGCAGCAACAUUGUGGAAGCGGACUGGGAAAGUGUGUCCAGCAUCCUGCAGGUGGGAGGGACCAUCAUCGGCAGCGCCCGUUGCAAGGCCUUUCGCACUCGGGAAGGCCGCUUGAGUGCCGCUUACAACCUGGUCAAGCUGGGCAUCACCAACCUCUGUGUGAUCGGCGGCGACGGAAGCCUCACCGGGGCCAAUAUCUUCCGGGAGGAGUGGAGCGGGCUGCUGGGCGAGCUGGCCCAAAAUGGCAAGAUUGACAAGCGGGACGUAGAGAAGCAUGCGCACCUCAACGUGGUGGGGAUGGUGGGCUCCAUCGACAACGACUUCUGCGGCACUGACAUGACCAUCGGCACGGACUCUGCCCUGCACCGGAUAAUCGAAGUCGUGGACGCCAUCAUGACAACUGCCCAGAGUCACCAGAGGACCUUCGUUCUGGAAGUUAUGGGGAGACACUGCGGGUACCUGGCUCUAGUGAGCGGCUUGGCCUGCGGGGCAGACUGGGUGUUCCUCCCAGAAUCUCCGCCAGAGGAAGGCUGGCAGGAGACAAUGUGCAUCAAGCUGUCAGAGAACCGAGCCCGAAAAAAAAGACUAAAUAUCAUCAUUGUGGCCGAAGGAGCAAUCGAUACCCAGAAUAAGCCGAUUACCUCAGAGCAAAUCAAGGAGCUGGUGGUGACACAGCUAGGCUACGACACGCGUGUGACCAUACUUGGACACGUGCAGAGGGGCGGCACGCCUUCGGCCUUUGACAGGAUUUUGGCCAGCCGCAUGGGGGUGGAAGCCGUGGUUGCCCUUCUGCAGGCCACCCCAGAGACCCCGGCCUGCGUGGUGUCACUGAGCGGGAACCAGGCGGUGCGCGUGCCCCUGGUGGAGUGCGUGCAGAUGACCCAGGACGUACAGAAGGCGAUGGAUGAAGGGAGGUUCAAAGAGGCCGUGCAGCUACGCGGAAGGAGCUUCGAGGGGAACCUCAACACCUACAAGCUGCUUGCCAUCAAGAAGCCAGACUCCCAGAUCCAGAAGAGUGGCUGCAAUGUGGGCAUCAUCAACGUGGGUGCGCCGGCUGCCGGGAUGAACGCAGCCGUGCGCUCGGCCGUGCGUGCGGGCAUCUCCUCUGGACACAGGAUGCUCGCAGUGUACGACGGCUUUGAGGGCUUCGCCAAAGGCCAGAUAAAAGAAAUCGGCUGGUCAGAUGUCGGAGGUUGGACCGGACAAGGUGGCUCCAUUCUUGGGACAAAACGGACGCUCCCCGGGAAGUACCUGGAGCAGAUCGCUGCCCAGAUGCAAGCGCACAGCAUCAACGCACUGCUCAUCAUCGGGGGCUUCGAGGCCUACCUGGGACUGCUGGAACUGUUAGCCGCCCGGCAGAAACACGACGAGUUCUGUGUCCCUAUGGUUAUGGUCCCUGCCACCGUCUCCAACAAUGUGCCGGGGUCUGAUUUCAGCAUCGGUGCCGACACGGCCCUGAACACCAUCACCGACGCUUUCGAGAGCUCGGUCAUGUUCGCCGAGGCACGUGGCAGCCACCAGGAGCUCUGUGUCCCCAUCUGUGUCCUGCCUGCUACCAUUAGCAACAGAGUCCCCGGCACAGAGCUGAGCUUGGGCAGUGACACCGCCAUAAACGCGGUCGUACAGACGUGUGACCGCAUCAAGCAGUCAGCCAGCGGGACCAAGCGCCGUGUGUUCAUCAUCGAGACCAUGGGCGGGUACUGCGGCUACCUGGCCAACAUGGGGGCCCUGGCUGCCGGCGCCGACGCCGCCUACAUCUUCGAGGAGCCCUUUGACAUCAGGGACCUGCAGUCCAACGUGGAGCACCUGACGGAGAAGAUGAAGACCACCAUUCAGAGGGGGCUCGUGCUCAGGAACGAGAGCUGCAGUGAGAACUACACCACCGACUUUAUCUACCAGCUGUACUCGGAGGAGGGCAAAGGCGUGUUCGACUGCAGGAAGAACGUGCUGGGCCACAUGCAGCAGGGCGGGGCGCCUUCCCCGUUUGACAGAAACUUUGGAACCAAAAUCUCUGCCCGAGCCAUGCAGUGGAUCACCACGAAGCUGAAGGAGGCGCAGGGGAAAGGAAAAAGGUUUGUAACUGAUGAUUCCAUCUGUGUGCUGGGAAUCUGCAAAAGAAACCUCCUUUUCCAACCUGUGGCAGAACUGAAGAAGGAGACGGACUUCGAGCACAGAAUUCCCAAAGAGCAGUGGUGGCUGAAGCUGCGGCCACUCAUGAAGAUCCUGGCCAAGUACAAGGCCAGCCUGGAGGUGUCCGACGCGGGCGACAUAGAGCACGUGCAGCGCCGCGGCCACGGGGAACCUGCAGCCAUCUAGACGCCACCGGACCUGCAGCGUCUGGCGCCGCGUGGACUUCCUGUUUACCACCCGUUUUUGUAACACUUAAGUUAUUUAUGAGCAUUGUGCGUGAGUGUUGUCGACUUUAAUCCCUAACCACAGAGCACCCGUCCUGUGCCCUUCACACCCCCGGGGCGCUGGGACUCCAGGGACUUGUCUGCUGUCCCUCCCACUGUCUCCUGCUUUAAUCUGUGCACUCCCAGUGGAAAUUAAACGUUUGGCUAAAGCUCCAA